AUGCUUGACGCGGCUUUUAUUAAUAGUUCCAUGAAAAACGCUCUGGGGAACGGCGUUGAGGCCGUCAUUCUGCUUGAUGAAAACGGCGUCCUGCUUUCCUCGGCGUCGCUGAAUCCGGAGUACGUCUGGCAGAAGGAGCACUCAAUGAUUGUUGCCGCAACGGGAAACGUAUGGCGUGCCUGUGCUCAUAACGACCUGACAAAAAAUAAAAUCACAAAUGCGGCAGAAGCAGAAGCGUUGGAGCAAGUCCUGAUAGACUUUGGUGAAAAGAAGCUUUGCGCUAUGUCUGUGGGAGGAUCGGCGAUACUUUGCAUGAUAGGCACCGAAUUGGAGAUGGGACUUCUCAAGUUAAAGACAGCCUCAUUACAGAGAAGACUUGACGGACACUUGCGUCCCGUUCUGCUCUCAUUUAGUUAA